AUCGAACCAGUCAACUCUACAAACCGGCCGUUGCACACUUCACCAUGUCGCGCCCGUCGUCUAUGGCCCAGCGUCCGCUGACACUCACGGAAGAGCUCGAGAAGCUGGAGCAAUCCAUCACCCUCACCCUGCAGGAGAUCGACCACAACUUCAGCCAAGCUCAUCGUAUCGUCACAACCAGCAUUCUACCCCUGAUCGAGCAAUACUCCGAGAGCUCCCGCGACGUCUGGGAAGGUGCCAAGUUCUGGAAACAAUUUUUCGAAGCCAGCGCCAACGUCUCACUCUCGGGCUACGAAGAGAAACCCGAAGACACCACCACAGCGCUACAAGAGGAUUCGGACCAGUCCCUCAUCGCGCACGAGCGAGACACGCAGCUCACCGCGCAACAAGACGAAUCGCACCUCAGCCUCGACGACCACCGCGAGCACGAACCCGAAUUAGAGUUGACAGCCCUCAGUCUCUCCUCCCACAGCACCCCGCGCCCCUACGCAUCUCACCACCACCACCAAGGCAACCAACAAGCCAACGACACGACCGUCACCUCCAUCGCGCACCCUUCUCCAUACCCCUACGACCUCCACCCAGGCUCCCUGCCCGACGACAGUGAUACCCGCGACCUCGCCCGCGCCGCCGAACUCGCCGACGCAGAGAACGAAGACUCCUUCCUCCCCACCACCCCAGGCAAAUACUCCGCCUCGGCCUCGGCCUCGCGCACCUACCGCUCCACCCAACAACAGCAGCAGCAACAACAACAAUACCCCUACCACCACGACGAAUCCCACACCCCCCUCUCAUCCUCACCCUUCAUCCCACCCGCCCCCACAACCACCCAUGAAGCUUACGAGAACAACAACAACAAUAACAACAACAACGAUGACGAUGAAUAUCAUGAAGACCCCAUCCUGCACCGCUUCCACGACAAGACCUACCGCGUGCAAGCCACCCCACUCUCCAAGAAACGGCAACCACUCAAACACUACCUCUCCACCUCGAAAUCCAUCAAAUUCACCAAUCCCAUGUUCAACUCCUCCACCACCCCACAGAAACCCCCCGCCAAGAAAUCCAAAUACUCCUUCGAUUCCUCCCCGAUCUCCAGCCCAGAGCCCGAGGCCCCGCAACUCCACGCCGAGAUCUUCGAUUCCCCAUUGAAAGGAGGGGCCAGGGCCGCCCAAACGCCCAACACCGGCCGCAGCAAGCGGCGGCCGAGCGCCCAGCACCCGUACUAUCCCCGCGUGACCCCCAAGCCCGGCAUGAGUGUUCUCACCCCGAUGAAGGGUGGGACCGGUCGGCCGGGUGGCGCGGGAGGGUGGGAUAGCGACGAUGAUCUUGAUGGGAUUGGCAGUGGCUACGGCGGCGGCGGUGCAGCGUUCAGUGACGAGGACGAGGAUCUGGGUCCCAGCCCUCCGAAGACGAUGCAGUUCCACAUUCCGCAGAGUCGGUUGAUGAAAACUCCUGCGAAAGAAGCGUCCAGGCGGAUCGUGGAAGACUUGUUGUUCACCGCCGGAGCGAACGAUACCACGGAGGAUAUCGUGGCGGAGCAGAGUCCGAGCGUGAUCCGACGGGUGGAGAAGCUCGAGGAUGAGACUUUCUAGGAUCGAAAUCCAUAUACUGCUAGCCAUAGCCAUGCACGGCUGUUUCUGCUACGGAGAGACUUAAGUGUGCUGUACUGUAUAUACCAAC